AUGGACAACGUACCCCCUCCUCCCUACAGUGAAACGGACAUUUAUUCGAGCUCCGUCCGCUCGCCUUUGAGCGCUCCUCCUGACCUAAGCCGCUCGACCACUCAAACCGAUGAUGCCUCUCAAGCUUCGACUAACAACUCAGUCAUUUAUACUCCAGCCGAGUCUGUGAAUAACGACUCUUAUGCGUCAGCCGCCCGCCUAUACUUUGAAAGCCGCCCGCCCCCACGGAGGGUUCCCAGACGUCCCAUUUCCUAUGAGAUCGUCGUAGGGCCCGCGAGCACACCAGACGACUUGCCUUAUAUCCCCGAAUUCGCAGAUUUAGAUAUUACAACUCAGGAUUGGGCGACAUUUAUAAACUAUGCCAUCCCCCACCAUAUCGAUCAGUCAAAUGGGCUCGUGGCGAACGAGAAAAUGAAGGCAGAAGUUCUCGAUAGACGUAUGCAUGGGCUUACUAUUUCGCCAGAAGGCGAAUCGGACUUAUCUGCAGUUGAUGCACAGCUAAAUAGCCUCCAGCCCUCCAAAGUCGAUCUAUCAGGACCUCCGGAAGAUGAUAUCGCAGCUGUGGUCUUGGAGUGGAAUACUGGAUUUUUUGGACCUAGAGGGGUCCGCGUUUUAGCUAAUGUGAGCGAACCGGAUCCGCCGGCUCUUCCGCCAAGGACUACCACAGAGCAACCGGCUACGAGGUCGAUGCCCUCCAGGCCGGGAUGGCAGACUGCAGGUUCGGAAACGGCCUCGGAUCGUGAUAGUGUGGGCGGGGAACGAGAACAGAGGGGAUGGGGUUGGGGCCCUCAGGGACCGGGACGGAGAGGCAGACACGGAUUCGGAGACGGACACGGACGUGGCCGGCGAGGACGUGAUGGAUUUGACAGAGGUGGAUGUGGAGCCACCCUACGGGGCGGGUUUAGGGGUUUUGGCCGCCGUGGCGGUUUCGUAUGUGCAGAUGCCUCCGGCUUUCAUGUUGGGAGAGUGAUGUCCGCAGGGAAUGAAGGCUUCCGACUUGGAGCUAUGGUUGCAGAUAAAUCCGGAUUUCGCAUCGGGAAUAUGCUUGUCGCCAAUAAUGACGGGUUCAAACUUGGGGGUAUGACUUUUGGAAAUACCAAUAGCUCUAGUCCAGCGCCACCAAACCCAUACACUGAGCGAGGGCGAAACAUGAAGGAUGGAGGGCAUAAGAAUGGUCGUGAUAGAUCGAGGUCAAUCAGCUCGCACAGUUCAUCUAGCGAUGAUACGGUGGGAACCGAAGACUCGGAGGGAGGCUUACCUGAUGUUAGUGAUUUAAAACCAAAUCAGCUGCAUGUCGUCAAACAGAGUCUGAUGGAAUGGCUCAACCAUCCCGAGCAACCAGUUAGCAAGGAAAGCGUCAAAACUCUCAAGGGAGACAUUAAAUUGGCUAAACAUGCAAGGAAACCGGAAGGGCAGGAGCUUACCGAACUAAAAGCAGAGCUCAGGGCAUUGACAAAGGCGUUCGAGGAGCUGAAGAAGAGCAGGGCAAUGAGGAGGAAGUCAAUAAGGAAAGAAAGGAGGAAACAGCGAAAAGAGCUUAGAUCCCAAGCAAAGCAGAGGAGAAGGGAGGAGAGGGCGGCGAGAAGGAGCCGGGGGAAGGGCAAGGAUAAGGCGACUGCGACGGAGUAUGAUGGGUAUGCACCUCUCGAAAUAGGGUUCAUACAGAACGGCGGUUCCAUUCCAGGAUUUCCAAAUGGGCCUCCUGGCAUGCGCAACAUGCCUUCUAUUCCAGGGCUUCCAAAUGGCCCAUCUGGCAUGCACAAUAUACCUUCUAUUCCAGGGUUUCCAAAGGGCCCUCCUGGCAUGCAAAUGCCAGGCAGAUUCCCAGGUGUAGGCUUCAAUCCAUUGUCGCACGACACGCCGAGGUCUCCAGGGGAAGUCAUAAAGGUUCAGGAAAAGCGUGAGCACUUGGGAAGGGAGGCAGAGCGCAUCUUGGCAGAUGCGCGUGCCAUGCACAAGGAAGCAGAGGAAACAAGAAUAAGGGCUGAUCAAGAACAAGACGAAAAGUCAACGCUGAAGCUCCUCGAUGUGGCGAAGGAUUUAGAUGUCGAAGUAGAGAAGCUGUACGAAGGAGCUGACCGAUUGAUUGCGGAGUCAGUCCACCUAGAGGAAUAUUUGAGGGAGAUUAAUGGUGGUGAGAUGACACAAAGAGAUACUGCCGACAAGGGGUAUAUAAGAAGAAUGAGGCAGAAUAGUGAGGUUUCUACUCACUGAGGGGGAGAUCAGAAUACUCAUGUCUUCUAACGUAUUUCACGAGCGAACCGGUCACCAAAACACUAAUAACGCGUCAACUUACCAAAAGUCAACAUGCUGCGCCUAACACAAGCUAAAUCCUCUAAUCAGGAGGGUAGAAUACUUCUAGCUAUCCAAUCAAUUAAGGAAGGGCAUAUUCAAAGUAUUUGAGCAGGCGCAAUGUCGUACCAUAUCCCUUAUUCAACCUUACAAGAGCGAAUGAAUGAAUGGAGUAGCUUCCCGACGUGACUCUACCCCUAACUCAAGAAAAUUGACUCCCUACGAAGAGUCAGCUCUUGUUUAGUACAUCCUCGACCUAGAUUUGCGUGGAUUUUCGCCCUAGCCGUAAGCUGUGCAAGAAAUGGCAGACCUACUACUACUCUCCGAACGAGGCGAGAGCCCUGUUAGGAAGAACUAGACUACUAGCUCUAUUAACGUCGUACGGAAAUUAAAGCAAGGUUUUAGCAGAAGUACGAUUACAAACGAGCAAAAUGUGAAGAUCCUAAGAUAAUUCAAGAGUGGUUUUCCCUUGUACGAAACACAGUUGCGAAAUAUGGUAUUAGAGCAGGAUAUGCCCACAUCCAAACAACAAAUGAUUUUUGAAGUACAUGGUUCGUAGAAAGAUGCCGAAGGCGUAAAUAGGGAUACUGGCUGUUAACAGAGCUUAUGGUGUUCGUGGUGUUCGUAUUUUCGCAGGCUGUGAAUAAUGAUGAGCAUCUUGCCAGAAGAGCUGGUCUUUAUAG